GGUGGUGAGAAUGAAAAAAGCGAGCCAUUCGAUUUUGAUAAACCUUGGGUGAAAAUUAUAAAUAUACAGAACAGCACACGAGUCGGUCGCGCGCACAUAGCGAGUGUUUGACGAGCUGUGCAGACUUGCAGACAGCUAGGGUGUCCGGGACAGUGGAUGUCGGGUCGUGUUUUGUGACAGGGGGUGAAGUUAGUGGUGCAGAAAUGACGAGUGCCGCGAAACGGACUAGCAACAAAACUCGGAGACGAAACGCGGCGAUCGCCUUCCUGUCCAACAUCAGCCUGGACGGUUCGUACAGCGGCGCCGCGGGCGAUGAAGCCGCCGGCCCGGCGCUGCCCAAGGCCGACGUCGACGAGGACGACGACGACGACGGCAGUAUGGGCGUCGAGAACGAGCCCCCGGCCGCCGCCGCCUCCGCAGCGGCCCCCGAGGAGGCGAGGGGGGCGGUGCCGGGCCCCGUGGCCCCCGUGGUCGCCUCCAUCCAGCACAACACCUGCGGCGCCGACGAAUCCAUCGACGCCGCCCAGCUGCCCAGGACUGUCUUCAGGGAAAGGACGCAGACAGGUGGAAGCGACGGAGGCGGAGAGAUAAGGAGGCGGCUUGGCUCCUUCGGCCGCAAAAAAGCCCCCCCUGUCGAAGACAAGUACAGCAGCAACGAGAGCAUUGGCGGAAAUUACACGCGGGGCAAGGCCUCGCCGAGCAAUUUGCUGCCUCUGGCCGGCAUCCAGUUCGCGGCGGGCACAUCGCCUGAAGGUCUGGGCCGCGGCCUGCGUCUGUCCAACCCGCGCAAGGGUGGGUCGCAGCCGGCGGACGACGAGCGCGGCUUCGUCACCACCUCAAAGAAGGCCACCCCCUUCCUCGUCUUCUCCGCGCUGCCCUACAACAAGACUGGAAGGUCAGUACUACUGAGUGACGGAAAGAAGGACAUUCGUCGGCGACACACGUCCGGACCGCGACCUUUGUCCGUGAUUAACGACAGCAGCGACCCCUUCGAUCUUCUCGGAGUUGAGAAGGGCAAAGAUGGACAGGAAAUAUCUUACGGACAGCUAUUAGUCCCAUCUCGUCACUACAUUUUCGACCGCAAAGUUUUGUCCGCCGACUAUUCAGAAGCGCCUGACACCACAACUGCAGCCCCUGCCACUAUUGGACGCCACCCUGUGGUGGCCAGGCCAGAGUUAGCUGCAUAUAAUGUGGAAAAUAAAUGGUGCUACUCUUACGACACGGCUUCUCACCGCACCACGGCGCAUGUGGUGCCGGCCUCACCAACACCCCAACAGCCUCAUGAUAAGGCAGCAUUCGAGUGGGAGAAUUUCAGCACCCAUUCUCUGCCCCAGAUGAUGCAGCCGGCUCCAACAUAUUCUCCGAACUUGCUUGACGACCCAGAAAACGUGACAGGGCAUCACAGGACUCUCCUGACUUUUUCCUCUUAUAUGACUUCCCUGAUUGGCUACACAAAGCCAGCAGAGUUGAAAAAGGAGCUGAAUGAUAAGUUCAAAGAGAAGUUUCCGCACAUCCAGCUCACUUUGAGCAAGUUACGCAGUUUGAAGAGGGAAAUGAAAAAAAUAGCCAAACAGGAGUGUGGCAUUGACCUCCUGACUGUAGCCCAGGCGUAUGUCUACUUCGAAAAACUGAUUUUGCGCAGCCUCAUCAACAAGCCAAACAGGAAGCUGUGCGCUGGGGCGUGUUUGCUGCUCUCAGCCAAACUGAAUGACGUCAAGGGCGACAUUUUGAAACAACUGAUAGAGAAAACAGAGCUGGUUUUCCGGCUGAACCGCAGAGAAUUGCUACUAUCCGAGUUUGCUGUGCUGGUGGCCCUGGAGUUCAGCCUGCACAUCCCAACCUGGGAGGUGAUGCCGCACUACCAGCGCCUCCUCUACGAGUCCUGACAUCCGCGAAAGUCACCUGUUUCUCCUCGGUCUUUAGUCUAGUCCUUCAAAUCUGCUUUUAUUGGUGCACAAGAGUAACUUUACAGUUUCUUGCUCCCUCCACACAUUUUUCCCAAUCUUUCUGCUAGAAUUUACGAAAAAAGCAACAAUCAAAUUGGUGAAAGAAAAAAGCUUCUAGGCCACAACGUAGUCUCUAGUCUGCCUUCUUGGAUUUAAAUAAUAAUCUUAAUGCGUCGAACUGGGUAAGCCGAAAUAUAUAAUGUAUAUAUUCAUAGUAAGGUGGUUCAUCAUUGGUUUGGUGAGAGAUGACUUAAUUCGAAUGAUUGUACCUAAUAGAUAGUCACAGCCUCUUAAGCUUUUCACUUUUUCUCUGAGUUUUUUUUAUUAUGAGAAUAAUUCUCAUUUUUUAUGUUGUUAAUUUUAUAAGUUUAACUGGGUCAUUUGAUUUUGAAAUUCUUGGAUCAGGGAAACCCUCAAAAUUAUUUUUCAACUCUCAUUCCCAACAUUGACUGAUCCCAAAGCCAUUUUCCAACAUAAUUCUUUUUUUUAUCUCCAGCAUCUGCAUCACUGUAGAUGAAAUAUAAAUCCAAGCUGCUGUUUUGUUUAAGAGCUUAAUUUUAUAGACUAACGUGCAGGGUACUUUACUUGUUUUUGAGGGUAAAUUUAACACUUAAUUUUGAUGCUUUUCCAAAGAGACUUGACCGAAAAUCUUGCGGUGCCAUAUUUUGAAUCGAUUGAUUGCAAGUAAAAACGUUAGAUGUAUAGAUAACUGAUGGAAAUCCUCAUCGUGAAAUUUAAGCAGCAGCCAGAAUUAAUUUUCACGAUUAAUUUGCCAUGAUUAAAAAUUUUGUGUUCAUUUAGAGAUUGUUGUCAUGCAUGCAUGAUGUAAGCCAUCAUUCCUAAGAUAGUAUCUACAAAAUAUUUGAUGAAGCCACUGAGUUGCACUAGAUUUAGAGUUUGAUUUUGAAUCACUGAUCAAAUUAAUUGUUGCUUACAUAAAAAUGAUUAAUGACUUUUAUCGCCACAAGAAUAUAAUGUAUAAUACCAGAUUAAUAUGAUACUCUUUCUAGUGAAGUUUCUCAGAAGCUUGUGCCUUUUAUGCAGUUUGGUUUCAAGUAAAUUAAAAAGAAAAAGAAAGGAAGCUCCCCAAGUUUAAAUUCAUCCAAACAUAAAUUGUGUAUUGAAGAAGUACGAGUUUGUGUAAAAAUUACUGAAGCUGCAUAAAUACCUGAUUGAACUAGAGCUGUGCUUGGAGCUUUCCACUAGUCUAGAAAAAGAGACAAGAAGGAGGGAGAAUAUAACAAAUUAAUUGGUUGUAUAAAAAGGCUCAUAUCGACUAAAAAUGUAAUUAACUUGGGCGAAGUGAACUGUAAUCUUGGUUGGGGAAUUGUUUCUAGGUGGAGAGGCAUUACUCGCUCUGUGUAAUAACUAUUGGAUAGUUAAUUAAGUAUGGCAUGCAUGUACUGGGUAAGGCAUUAGUUAGUCUAGACGAGAGAAUAAUGUCCAGAACAGUAUGAAUAUUGAUAGAGAAGUUUUGUGUCAACCCCGAAAAAUUCAUUUACUUUUUCAAACAAUUGAAGGAGAGGGCCAAGAGGGUUGCAGUUUGACUUGUUACAGCAAAAAAGGACUAUUUGACCUUUGCAAUUUUAACCAAAAUAUAAAGUUUGCGUUAUCGAAAAGGCUGGAAUUCGCAAAGAACACAAACAUGUAAAAAAUUGUAAUAUAUGCUAAACACACACAUAUACAUUUUUCAUAAUCGAUGAAAAUAUGUUUGUUGAGUUUUGUUUUGUUGCUCAUUUUCAGAUAUAUGUGAUGUUAGGUUGUGAUCAUGUCUACACUAAUUUUUGUUCCGAAUAUAUCCAACAGUCCUUUUUGGAAAGUAAAUUAUCAAGAGCAUUAAACGCACGCUUUGAAAAUAUUGAUUAUUCAACCUUGAUUUUGGCUCACUCUCUGGCAAAGUGUACCGUAAAAUCGAUUUAAUGUAACUCAUUAAUUAAUGUUGAACUAAUUUGGCUGGUACUUGUGAGGAUAAUAAAUAAAAAAAGAAAAAUUAACUGUUUCUUUUUUAAUCGACUU